AUGGCGACUUCUCGAGACACCGCGGGCUCGUCCACCGUCCGCCAGCGCAAGCCCUCCUUUGGCUCCUCGGCCCUCCACGCCGCGCAGUCCCUCGAGCACGCCGUCUCGGACACGCUGCUGCAGCUCUGGGACGACCUCCCCGCGUGGCGCCGCGACAACGCCUACAUCCACAGCGGCUACCGCCAGAUCCGGGGGUCCUACGGCCACGCGGCGCGCUCGCUGCUCUACCUGCACAACGAGUCGGUCAACAUCUGGUCGCAUCUGCUCGGCGCCGUCGCGGCCGUCGCGAGCGCCCUCUACGUCUUCCACGCCGUUCGUCCGCGGUACGAGGACGCGCACGCGGGGGACGUGGCCGUCUUUGCGUGCUUCUUUGGCGGCGCCGUCAUCUGCCUCGGCAUGAGCGCCACGUUCCACGCCGUGCUGGACCACAGCCAGCCCGUUGCGAAAUGGGGCAACAAGCUCGACUACACGGGCAUCGUGGCCCUCAUUGUCGGCAGCUACGUGCCCGCGCUGUACUAUGGCUUCUUCUGCCAGCCGCUGCUCUUCGAGGCCUACCUCUACGUGAUGUGCGCUCUGGGCGCCGGCUGCGCAACCGUCUCGUGGGUCGAGCGCUUCCGCACGUCGGCCUGGCGUCCCUACCGCGCCGCCAUGUUCAUCGGCCUGGGCGUGUCGGGCGUCGUGCCCAUCCUCCACGGCAUCCGCAGCCACGGCUACCAGUACUUUGAGGACCGCAUGGGCCUCAGCUGGGUCAUUCUCCAAGGCGCGCUGUACAUCUUUGGCGCCGUCCUCUACGCCGCACGCUGGCCGGAGAGGAGCUUCCCGGGCAAGUUUGACAUUUGGGGCAGCUCGCACCAAAUCUUUCACGUCUGUGUGCUGCUCGCUGCCGCUACGCACUUUUACGGCAUGGCCAAGGCCUUUGACUACCACCACACGGGCAAUGGCUCACAGUGUCCGUAA